GGCGUUCCCCCUCGACCCUCCACCCACUAUGCCCUUGGUGAAUUCCGGUCUCCCAGGCCAGGCUCGAAAGGAGGCGGAACCCAGCGAUCCGCCUGGCGGUUUCCGGGCCGGACCAAAAAGAGCAGUGCACCGGGCGCCGUAGGAGCCGUGCUUUGGUUCCUGGCUCCCGCGAUAUGGCUUUCAAUUUUGGGGCUCCCUCGGGCACGUCGGGCUCCGCUGCAGCCACCGCGGCACCUACGGGUGGGUUUGGAGGAUUUGGCACAACAUCUACAACUGCAGGUUCUGCGUUCAGUUUUUCUGCUCCAGCUAACACAGGCACCACAGGACUGUUUACUCAGAACAAAGGUUUUGGAUUUGGUACUGGUUUUGGCACAACCACCGGAACUAGCACUGGUUUAGGUACUGGCUUGGGAACUGGACUGGGAUUUGGAGGAUUUAAUACGCAGCAGCAGCAGCAGCAGUCUACAUUAGGUGGUCUCUUCAGUCAGCCUACACAAGCUCCUGCCCAGUCCAACCAGCUGAUAAAUACUGCAAGUGCUCUUUCUGCUCCAACGUUAUUGGGAGAUGAGAGAGAUGCUAUUUUGGCAAAAUGGAAUCAACUGCAGGCCUUUUGGGGAGCAGGAAAAGGAUAUUUCAACAAUAACAUUCCACCCGUGGAGUUCACACAAGAAAAUCCCUUUUGCCGAUUUAAGGCAGUAGGUUAUAGUUGUAUGCCCAAUAAUAAAGAUGAAGAUGGCCUAGUCGUUUUAGUUUUCAUCAAAAAAGAAACAGAUAUUCGAAGUCAACAACAGCAGUUGGUAGAAUCAUUGCAUAAAGUUUUGGGAGGAAAUCAGACCCUUACUGUAAACGUAGAGGGUAUUAAAACGUUGCCAGACGAUCAGACAGAAGUUGUCAUUUAUGUUGUUGAACGUUCUCCAAAUGGUACUUCAAGAAGAGUUCCAGCUACGACUCUCUAUGCCCAUUUUGAACAAGUCAGUAUAAAGACACAAUUGCAGCAACUGGGUGUAACCCUUUCUAUGACUAGAACAGAACUCUCUCCUGCGCAGAUCAAACAGCUCUUACAGAAUCCUCCUGCUGGUGUUGAUCCUAUUAUCUGGGAGCAAGCCAAGGUGGAUAACCCCGAUUCUGAAAAGUUAAUUCCUGUACCAAUGGUGGGUUUCAGAGAACUUCUUCGAAGAUUGAAAGUUCAAGAUCAGAUGACUAAGCAGCACCAGACCAGAUUAGAUAUCAUAUCUGAAGAUAUCAGUGAGCUACAAAAGAAUCAGACUACAACAAUGGCCAAGAUUGCACAAUAUAAGAGGAAACUCAUGGAUCUUUCUCAUCGAACAUUGCAGGUCCUAAUCAAACAGGAAAUUCAAAGGAAGAGUGGUUAUGCCAUUCAGGCUGAUGAAGAGCAGUUGCGAGUUCAGCUGGAUACGAUUCAGUGUGAACUGAACGCACCUACCCAGUUUAAGGGCCGACUUAAUGAACUAAUGUCCCAAAUCAGAAUGCAGAAUCAUUUUGGAGCAGUGAAAACUGAAGAAAGAUACUACAUAGAUGCAGAUCUGCUACGAGAAAUCAAGCAAGCCACAGCAGAGAGCUCGAUCAGAAGUGGAGCAGCCAGGACUCGAGCUGGCAUCCAUAUGGGAUGCCAGCCCUUCAGGCAGUGGCUCAUCGGCUCAUCUUAUAAUAUGGAUGGAACUUGAAGAUGUUAUGCUAACUGAAAAUAAGUGAUCAUAAAUGGACAACUAUGGGGUAACACUGGUAGUCCAGUUAAUGAGUAGAAGAACAGAAGGAUGAAGGCUAGAGAGCAAGAGGAGAGAACAGUGUGUAAGUGGUUCCUUAUACAGUACAGAAUUUCAGUCUGGGAAGAUGAUGGUGAUGACUGUUAACUAUGUUUAUGUACUCAGUGCCACUGAAGUGUACUCUUAAAAAUAGUAAAUUUUUUGGCCGGCGCCGCGGCUCACUAGGCUAAUCCUCCGCCUAGCGGCGCCGGCACACCGGGUUCUAGUCCCGGUCGGGGCGCCGGAUUCUGUCCCGGUUGCCCCUCUUCCAGGCCAGCCCUCUGCUGUGGCCAGGGAGUGCAGUGGAGGAUGGCCCAGGUGCUUGGGCCCUGCACCCCAUGGGAGACCAGGAAAAGCACCUGGCUCCUGGCUCCUGCCAUCGGAUCAGCGCGGUGCGCCGGCCGCGGCGGCCAUUGGAGGGUGAACCAACGGCAAAGGAAGACCUUUCUCUCUGUCUCUCUCUCUCACUGUCCACUCUGCCUGUCAAAAAAAAAGAAAAAAGAAAAAUAGUAAAUUUUUUAUAUGGCCUGUUUUACCACAGUAAAAAAAGUGAAUCGUUCUCCUUGCACAGAAUAAAUUUAGAGGAAGUAGGGGUACCAGCAGUUCCCUAGACCUUACUAUUCAGUGUGUAGGCGGCGGCAGCACCUGGAAAGUCAUUAGAAAUGGAAACUCUCGGUCUGCAUCAAACCAAGACCAAAGAUUUGAUGCACCUGAGAAGCACCUGCUCCAGAUCACACCCCCAGCUUCUGUUCCACACAGAUGCUGUAAAUGUGCUGCAGAUCCUCUCAGCCCUCAGACGGCCUAGUAAGAAAUAACUGGGUUGCCCCGUGGUGCUUUGGCGGCACUCAGUUGCUUCAGGACGAAGCUGAGUAUCUCCUCCUCAGGCACUGGCUGGCAGACACUCGCAGUGGACAGUGAACAGAGUUGGGUGCAGAAUGGAAGGGGUAUUGAUCUAGAACGGUGCUGAGAAGCAGGAUGUCUUGACUCAAGCCUAUGUCCAUCUGCUGGGAUGGGGCUUUCUUGGAGCAGACCAAGAAGAACUGGAGAAGGAAAAUUCAAAUCUGUUUGGGAUUGCAUUGUGAAUACCAACAUGAGUUCUCAAUGUGUUUACAAAAAAAGACUAUUCCUAGACUAACUGAUGCGGGGGUAGAGGGAGGCAGCCAUCAGAAUCCACAAACUUUUCAGUCUCUCUAAAGAUGAUGUCUGCUAGUAUGUUCUAAGAAAGCCCUUCAACGAAGACAGACAUCAAGGACCCAACUACCCAAGACUCAGCAUUCUGAGUCCACGCGUCUGACAACACAGGGGCCAGCGUGCUGCCUAAAGAGACAGUGGACUAAGAAAAGUAGGGCAGAGGCUGCAGAACACGCUAAACUUUUCGCCAAGAGAAUGAAGGAGGCCAAAGAAAAUGCUUGGAUGUGAUUGCCAAGAAAUGCAGGCUGUCCUCUGCAGAGUUUCUACCUCUCGAUCUUGAGACCUUUUAAAACUAGAAACUUUUAAAGAAUAAUAGAUCCAUCAGACCUCAAAAAAAAAAAAAAAAAAAAAAAAACAAAAAAAACCAAAAACCUGUUAGAUGCUUUUCAUUAGCAUACAGAUGCAUUAAUGAAAGCUGUCCAACCUUUUUUUCAUCUAAAGCUUUGUGGACCAUUUAGGUGGCAUUGUUGGCAUGCCCAACUUUAGACAGAUAUCAUCAACAUCUCCUGUUUUGUUAUAUGCUUUAGCAUGGAUAGUGCAUCUUUAUGCAACUGAACCCCAGUUUGGCUCCUAGGUUCUUAGAAAGUACACACACACUCAAUUAUAUUCCAUUGUUUAAAGUAUUUGCAAUAAAAUGGAGACAGAUCUAGCAUGCUGUAAUAGAGAACUAUAUUAAGGAGUUUAAUAUACAGUAAAGUUGGGAAUAAUUUAAACACCUACCUUUUUGCAAUGAGGAAGAGCAGUGUAUUAUUUUGAGGUUGAAACAUUGCUCACUGACUAAGUAGAGAUGUCAUAGUACCCCAAAGGGUGCUUAGCAGUUUAGAUUUUAAAUGAGUCAAUACCAUUAAAGCUGUUAAAACAGUGCCUUAGCUUAUGGAAAGGUCUCAAAGUUAGCAUGGCUGGCACUGUGGCAUAGCGGGUAAAGUCGGUUCGAGUCCUGGCUGCUCCACUUCUGAUCCAGCUCUCCGCUAUGGCCUGGGAAAGUAGAAGAUGACUCAAGUCCUUGGGCCCCUGCACUUGCAUGGGAGACCUGAAAGAAGCUCUUUGCUUUGGAUCAGCUCAGCUCUGGCCAUUGCGAUCAUUUGGGGAGUCAACCAGCAGAAUGGAAGACCUCUCUUUGGCUCUACCUCUGUCUGUAACUCUUUCAAAUAAGUAAUUAAAAAAAAAAAAAAGUUAGCAACUAUUACCAUUACCAUCCUUGUAUACUUCAAAACUUGACAUUUUUGACUUUCAGAAUUAUUGUGUUAGUCACAUAUAUUUGAGUACCUUCAGUUUAAGUAUCAUAGCUUUCUGAUGUUCUUGAUUUUUUUACUGUCAUAAUACUGUUGAAAAAGAUGUUCUACAAGUGUUUAUACCAGGCAUGCAUAUUUACAGUAGUUACUAUGUACUGCGUUGCCAGUAAAAAACAGUUUAAGGCCGGCGCCGUGGCUCACUAGGCUAAUCCUCCGCCUAGCGGCGCCAGCACACCGGGUUCUAGUCCCUGUCGGGGCGCCGGAUUCUGUCCCGGUUGCCCCUCUUCCAGUCCAGCUCUCUGCUGUGGCCCGGGAGUGCAGUGGAGGAUGGCCCAGGUGCUUGGGCCCUGCACCCCAUGGGAGACCAGGGUAGGUACCUGGCUCCUGCCAUCAGAUCAGCGUGGUGCGCCGGCCGCAGCACACCGGCCGCGGCGGCCAUUGGAGGGUGAACCAACGGCAAAGGAAGACCUUUCUGUCUGUCUCUCUCACUGUUCACUCUGCCUGUCAAAAAAGAAAAAAAAAAGUUUAAAAUGGAGUA